CGAUUGUAAUUUAACAGACAAAAGCUGUUCAGCUCUGGCUACAGUUCUUGGAUCAGAUACCUGUCUAAAAGAGCUCAACAUGAACAGUAAUAAUCUGCAGGAUUCAGGAGUGAAACUACUCUGUACUGGACUGGAGAAUAUAAAGUGUGAAUUGGAGAUACUAGUGCUCAGUAAGUGCGAGUUGACUGAGGAAAGCUGUUCAGCUCUCGCUUCAGUUCUUAGUUCAGCCUCCAGCAGUUUGAAGGAGCUUGACCUGAGCAAUAAUAAUCUGAAGGAUUCAGGAGUGAAGAUGCUCUCUGAUGGAUUGAAGGAGAACUGUAAACUGGAGAAAAUCGGACUUUCAAACUGCAGUAUCACUGAAGAAGGUUAUAAAGCUCUGGCUUCAGCUCUGAGAUCAAACCCUUCACACCUGAUAGAGCUGGAUCUCACAGGAAAUGAUCCUGGACAAUCAGGAGUGAAGCAGCUAAGUGAUUUACUACAGGAUCCAAACUGUCAACUAAAGACACUGAGGUUUUUGGGUACUGCUGCACAUGAAGCCUGUCAGUAUGUGACUGGAAUUGUGAGUAAAAACCCGUUACUCCUGAGAGAGCUUAAUCUGAGUGAACGUGAACUAGGAGACACACGAGUGAAUCAGAUCGCUGCUCUACUGCAGGACAAACACUGUAAACUCAACACACUGAUUCUGUGUAGAUGCAGUAUUACAGAGAAACAGUGUCUCAUCCUGACUUCAGCUCUGAAAUCAAACCCAUCACACCUGAGAGAGCUGGACCUGAGUGGUAAUCAAAUAAGAAACACAGGAAUGAAUCACUUAUGUGAUGUACUGAAGGAUUCACACUGUAAACUGGAGAGAUUAAGGUGGGGAACAUUCACAUACAAGAAUCAAAUUGCUCAAAUUACUUAA